UUUUCUCUCUCUCUCUCGCAAUCGAUCUCAACCAACGCCAAUCCAAUUAAAAAAAUUGUUGUAUAUGCAAAAACCUAAACUUAGAAUCAUCAUAGAUUCUUCCUGGAGUCAAUCCGUUUUCUACUUUUUUUGAUUUUCACGAAGAACUGCAUCGACAGGUGCCUUUUCUAUCCAAACUUAAAUAUAAUAUGUCCAAUUACCAAGCGGAGGAUGCUGAUGCUGCUGCUGCGUACAUGGACCAUGUUGUUGAUGAUGAUGAUGACAUGGAAGAUGUAGACGAUGAUUUAGAUGAUGACUUUCAUGGUGAUGACAUGGCUGCUUCCGACUCCGAUGUCGACGAGUUUGACUACUCUAGUAAUAAAAUAGCAGAUACUUCAGCUGAGCAAGCCCGGAAAGGGAAAGACAUACAGGGUAUUCCUUGGGACAGGCUUAGCAUUACCAGAGAGAAAUACAGACAAACUAGACUUGACCAGUACAAAAACUAUGAGAAUGUCCCCAACUCUGGUGAUUCCUCCGGCAAAGACUGCAUGGUCACGCAGAAAGGGGCAAUCUUUUAUGAUUUCUGGCGGAAUUCAAGAUCUAUCAAAUCAAGCAUCCUUCAUUUUCAGUUGAGGAAUUUGGUAUGGGCAACUUCGAAGCACGAUGUGUACCUUAUGUCACAGUUUUUGGUGAGCCACUACUCUACUUUGACAUGUGGAAAGCAUGAAGUUCUCAAUGUUCAAGGUCAUGUUUCCCCAUCCGAGAAACAUCCUGGGAGUUUGUUGGAGGGAUUUACCAAGACUCAAGUGAGUACACUUGCAGUGAGAGAGAAAUUUUUAGUUGCUGGUGGAUUCCAAGGCGAACUUAUAUGCAAGCAUCUUGAUAGACCUGGUGUGAGCUUUUGUUCCCGUACAACCUAUGAUGAUAAUGCUAUCACUAAUGCAAUUGAGAUCUAUAACAAACCCAGUGGUGCGCUUCAUUUCACCGCCUCAAAUAAUGAUUGUGGAGUCAGAGACUUCGAUAUGGAGAGAUAUCAGCUUGUUAACUACUUUCGCUUUCCUUGGCCAGUCAAUCACACAUCUCUUAGCCCUGAUGGCAAAUUAUUGACGAUCGUGGGAGACAACCCAGAGGGUCUUCUCGUAGACCCCAACACGGGAAAGACACUGGGAACGCUAGCAGGACAUCUGGACUUUUCCUUUGCAUCAGCAUGGCAUCCAGAUGGGCUCACUUUCUCUACAGGUAACCAAGACAAGACCUGCCGGGUUUGGGACAUUCGUAACCUCUCUAAAUCAGUUGCUGUCUUGAGGGGUAACCUCGGGGCAAUCCGAUCCAUCCGGUACACGUCAGAUGGGAAAUACAUGGCUAUGGCUGAGCCGGCUGACUUCGUCCAUGUGUACGACGUUUCAAAAGGGUAUGAAACAGAGCAGGAGAUCGAUUUCUUUGGGGAGAUAUCGGGAAUAUCAUUCAGCCCUGACACAGAAGCGCUCUUCAUCGGUGUUUGGGACCGCACUUAUGGUAGUCUCCUUGAGUAUGGCCGCCACCACAACUACUCCUACCUCGAUUCAUAUCUGUAAUCGCAUUCGAGCCAUCUGAAGAAUAAAAAGAGCCUAUGGACUCUCCCGACAUAAUAAAAAAAGAAAAAGUAUGAUCAAAUCUCUAAUGAUGUAAAUGAUGUGUUGUUGUGCAAGUACUAGGAUUUCACAGAGAGUCAGAUUUAGUUUAAGCUUUUGAGUGUUGUCGAGGUUCAUGUAUGUGUACAUAAGUGUUUGAGUUUCAGCUUGAGUUUGCAUAAACUCUUUACUCUGGUUUCAUC